AUGGACGUGGGCACCAGAGCGUACCUACCCAAGUGCUCCCAGCCCCACGAGCACCACCAGCCUCCUGAUAAGCAACGAGGUGCAGCCUGCUCCAUGGCCCCCGAGAUGGACCAGUUCUACAGGUCCACCAUGGCCAUCUACAAGGUGCAGACAUUCCACGGAGACCUGCUGCAGCACAUGGAGAAGAACACCAAGCUGGACAUGCAGUUCAUCAAAGACAGCCGCCAGCACUACGAGAUCGAGUACCGCCACCGAGCCGCCAACCUGGAGAAGUGCAUGUCUGAGCUGUGGCGCAUGGAGCGGAAGAGGGACAAGAAUGCGCGGGAGAUGAAGGAGAGCGUGAACCGGCUGCACGCACAGAUGCAGGCCUUCGUGUCUGAGAGUCAGAGGGCGGCUGAACUGGAGGAGAAGAGACGCUAUCGGUUCCUGGCGGAGAAGCACCUGCUGCUGUCCAAUACCUUCCUACAGUUCUUUGGCCGGGCCCGGGGGAUGCUCCAGAACCGCGUGCUGCUGUGGAAGGAGCAGUCGGAAGCCAGCCGCAGCCCGUCGCGUGCCCACUCCCCAGGCCUGCUGGGCCCAGUGCUGGGGCCGCCCUACCCCUCGGGCCGCCUGACACCCACCCGUCUCCCCUCGCAGCCCCCGAGGCCUCUGGGAGAGUUCAGCUCCCCCCGCAGCCGGCACGGCUCCGGCUCCUACGGCCCCGAGCCCAACGAGGCGAGGUCCGCAUCCCAGCUGGAGCCAGACCGCCGGUCCCUGCCCCGGACGCCGUCUGCCUCCUCGCUCUACACCAGCAGCACCCAGCGCUCGCGCUCCAACUCCUUCGGCGAGCGUCUGGGCAGCGCAGGUGGCGGGGGCGGCGGCGGCGGGGGCGCCUGGAGGGUCCGCGCCCUCGUCUCCCACUCGGAGGGCGCCAACCACACGCUGCUGCGCUUUUCUGCGGGAGACGUCGUGGAGGUGCUAGUGCCGGAGGCCCAGAACGGCUGGCUCUAUGGCAAGCUGGAGGGGUCAUCCACGAGUGGCUGGUUCCCCGAGGCCUACGUGAAGCCUUUGGAGGAUGUGCCCAUGAACCCCAUGAACGCCUUGAACCCGGUGACCUCCAUGAACUCCAUCAAUGCCUUGAACCCAGUGACCUCCAUGAACCCCAUGAGCCCUAUGAAUGAGCUACCUUCCAGGUCCUACCCACUCCGGGGCAGCCACAGCCUGGAUAACCUCCUGGACCGGCCAGGCAACUCCACAGCAUCCUCAGAGUACUGGGACGGCCAGUCCCGCUCUCGAACCCCGAGCCGGGUGCCAAGCCAUGCCCCCAGCCCUGCACCUACACCCUUGCCUGGCAGCCGCCGAGGUAGCAUGGGCAGCAUGGGAGUGCCCAGUGAUGUCAAGAAACUUAUGUCCUGGGAGCAGCACCCCCCAGAGCUCUUCCCCCGGGGCACAAACCCCUUUGCCACCGUGAAGCUGCGUCCUACUGUUACCAAUGACCGUUCAGCGCCUCACAUCCGCUGAGGUGCCUUCCUCCAUCAGGGGUCUGAGGUCGCCACCCCCGCCCCCACCUGCCCAGAGGCUGCCCAGAGCUGGCGGCAGCAGAAGCGGCAGUGGAUCCAAGAAGCCUGGGCCCUGGUACUGGGGUGGCUGCCCUUCCCCAAACCGCGCCUCCAGCCUGAGCAGCUCAAAGCCACUGGCCUGCAGUCUGGGGCCUUCAAAAUCACACAGGCAGAAUUGGGGGACAGAACCAUUCCUUCCCUUCCAGGGGCCCCAGGUCUCUCCCUGGGGCGGCUACCUCAUGCCCCCAACCCUUUUCCUCUUUCUCCGCCUCGGUGGGGUGGAGCCCCUUGCAUACCCCCUCCCCUGCCCCACACACGUCUCCCUGUUGAACUUUCGUAAACAGUGAGAAAUAAAGC